GUCAUUCAAGUGCCUCCAAACUGCGCUACGAACAAAGUUAGAGGCACAAUAACAGAGGUAGCGGGGAGCCUUUCUUAGGAGCCCUCCAAUGUUUGCAGAGCCCUGUCCUCUGAAACUUGCCCGUGUCUACUCGGCUUUUGUCACAAUAUUUGUCUUCACUAAACUCAGCAUCGGGAUUCAACGUUAAACACAAAACCGCCCGACCGUGUCAUAAUUCGCGUAAGCCCUAACUCGAGAUCACAUGUCGAACUUCUGAAAGCUUUAUUAGAUAAGAGUUUAAAUGUGGUAUUGAUUAGCUAACCCUUUAUCGCUGACAAGAUCCGUCUAACUUUCCCAAUUCGGGGACCGACAAAUCGAAAUCGCUUUUAGCAAAACAAGUAUUAAUGUUGUAUCGGCGUCCCGGCACGGUAGGCGGGCGUCGCGCAGUCUACGGAAGGCUUCAGGCGCCCCCGCCCCGGCCAGUUUCGCCCGCGCGCCCGACGCCGCGCCACGUCGCUCGCGCCGCCGCCCCUGAAGCCACACAUCAACCCUCUCCUGACAUAACCGCACUAUAAAAACACAAUCUAAGAAUCGCUGUCCGUUCCCAGCGACAUUUAAGCGACAUUCUCACCUGUGGCUGCGUACGUACGAACGCGCGUGUCCUGAACCCGACCGAGAAGUGACCUCCCAAUAUUUACGUUUGGAUUGAGAUGAAUGAAUGUAGGUAAAUUAUAAAAUGAAUUAGGUUAACGCCAAUCGUGGUCGGAACAUCAUGUGAAAUGUCUCAGUGUUUGCUCUACAUUACGUCUAAUAUCUGACUGCCGAGUGGAUUGUAAUAAUCGUGGGAUUUGCCUGAAAGCCGUCUACAUAAUGCACACUUCCGCUCACGAAGAUUACAUUGGAGGUUUUAAAGGAGCCGGGCGUUAAUGUUUAUACAAUGUGGAACACGUAGACUGACCCAGAAUCACGAUGGAAGCGUGUUUGCGAGCGCCCGGCGCUAUGCUUUUAGUCUGGCUCUGCUCAACACUGAUGGCAGUGGACGCCGUCAAAAUUGUCAUAGAACCCCUUCCCAAAGAUCAUGUCCGGGAAUUUACAUGCGGCACACUCUACUACAGAACAUUCUUCAUGGACUCGAAAAGAGACACCCUAUACGUUGGUGCUAUGGACCGACUGUAUCGACUGAACAUGAACAACAUCAGCUCAUCCCAUUGCGAACGAGAUUCUAUAAACUUGGAACCGAGCAACGUGGCGCAAUGCGUGUCUAAAGGGAAAUCAGAGCACUUCGACUGCCGGAACCACGUGCGCGUGAUCCAGCCCAUGGGCGACGGCUCCCGGCUCUACGUGUGCGGCACCAACGCCCACAGCCCUAAGGACUGGGUCUUAUACUCCAACCUGACUCACCUGCCGCGGCACGCGCGGACCCCAGUGCCGGGCAUCGGGAUGGGAGUCGCUAAGUGCCCCUACGAUCCGGCGGACAAUUCCACGGCCCUAUGGGUCGAGAGAGGGAACCCGGGCGACCUGCCCGCGCUCUACUCCGGCACCAACGCAGAGUUCACUAAGGCCGAUACAGUCAUCUUCAGAACCGAUCUGCAUAAUUUGACGACGGGACGACAAGAGUUUGCUUUCAAGAGGACGCUCAAGUAUGACUCCAAAUGGCUCGACAAACCGAACUUCGUUGGCUCCUUCGAGGUCGGCGAGUACGUGCUGUUCUUCUUCCGCGAGACGGCCGUCGAGUACAUCAACUGUGGCAAGGCGGUGUACUCGCGCGUGGCGCGAGUGUGCAAGCGCGACACCGGCGGCAAAAACAUCCUCAGCCAGAACUGGGCCACGUAUCUCAAGGCGCGCCUCAACUGCAGUAUCCCUGGGGAGUUCCCAUUCUACUUCAACGAGAUACAGAGCAUCUACAAGGUUCCCGGCGACGACAGCCGCUUCUACGGCGUGUUCACAACCGCCUCCACGGGGCUCAUGGGCUCCGCCAUUUGCACGUUUACCAUCGGCGACAUCCAGAAGGCCUUCAAGGGCAAGUUCAAGGAGCAGGCCACGUCCAGCUCGGCCUGGCUGCCGGUGAUCAGCAGCCGAGUGCCCGAGCCGAGGCCGGGAACUUGUGUCAAUGACACGUCGUCGCUGCCGGAUACUGUGCUCAAUUUUAUUAGAUCACAUCCGCUUAUGGACACAGCGGUAUCGCACGAGAACGAAAAGCCAAUAUACUACAAGAGAGACCUGUUCUUUACGCGCCUGGUGGUAGACCGCGUCAAGGUCGACAUGAUGGGCCACCAGCUCGACUACACCGUGUACUAUGCUGGCACAAAUGAAGGGAAAAUUCACAAGAUAGUUCAAUGGACCCGAAACGGCGAUAGCCAAUCUGCUCUGCUGGAUAUUUUCGACGUAACGCCUGGAGAACCCAUUCAGGCAAUGGGUAUAUCCCGCGUGCACGGCUCGCUGUACGCUGCUUCGGACCGGCGCGUUCUGCAGCUGCGGUUGGCACUGUGCGCGCGCCGCUACGACGCAUGCGUGCGCUGCGCGCGCGACCCUUACUGCGGUUGGGACCGCGAGGCUUCCGUGUGCAGGGAAUACGCGCCAGGUUUGAUUCAAGACGUGGCCAACGAAACAGCGGACAUUUGCGACUCAUCCAUAGCUCGCAAGAGCGUGUCGGCGACAUGGGGCCAGAGCCUGCACCUCGGCAGCUUCAUCAAGAUGCCCGAGGUCCUGCAACCGCGCGCUAUCACCUGGUACCACUAUUCCAGGGAGAAGGGACGGCAUCCAAUCACGUUUAACAAACCGGAGAAGUACAUCGAGACUUCUGAGCACGGGCUGCUGAUCAUCUCAGUCAGUGAGAGCGACGCUGGACGCUACGACUGCUGGCUCGGCGGCUCGCUGCUCUGCUCCUACAACAUCACCGUCGAUAUCCACAGAUGCUCUCCCCCGGAGAAGAGUAACGAGUAUCAAAAGAUAUAUUCUAAUUGGUGCCAUGAAUUUGAGAAGUAUAAAACUGCCAUGAAGACAUGGGAGAGGAAACAGGAGCAAUGCGCGAGACUGAACGAUUCGAAUCAGAACACACACCCGAAUGAGAUCGUGUGAUAGCUUCUGAACAUCGCCUAUCUCAUGUUUCAAUCCGUGAACUACUACGCGGGCGCCAUCCCGGUGCCCUACGUCUCCGCCGGCCUCAGCCACUUCAUCCUGUCUUGAGUGCCUGGCCAGUACUGCGCUGGUACCGUGCUAGUACCCGUAGUGACCACUAGUGACCCAAACAAGUGACUCCCUGUAGCUUUUGUAAAGACAUAUUGAAAUUAAUGUUAAGGACAGUGCCCGCUCCCGAACCGGGAACAUGAGAAGGUGAUUAGACACUCUAAAUUUAUAUGGACAUUUAUCAUUAUUAAAUUAAAUCGAUCGGUAAAUACGCGCGUCGCGCUAUGCUUGUUGGAAAUGGAUUGUAAAAAGAUUUAGAGAUCAAAAUUCUCAUUAUUAUAAGUAUGCUUUGUUCGUUGGAUAAGAGAAUAGGAAAAUUGUUACAUUACGAAAAUGGAAUUAAUUUUUAUAAUUGCUUACUCGUAUUAAGUAUUAUGCAAUUAUAUUAAUUGACUGCUGCCGUUCAUUGUCGUAGUGAAUAUUGAGAGUAUUUAUUAUUAUUUGUGUCCCAACAUCCAUGUACCUAGUUUAUUCAAAGCUUAUUUAAUACUAGAUUAUUUGAAAUGGUGACGUAUGGUCUGGCUCUGUAUUUUAUUUUGCGGGUUUAUGGCAAACUAUGCAUUGCAAUUUCCACACGAAGCAAAGUUUAAUUGGCAGCUAUAAAAAACGAGAAAAUACGAGCUUGUAAAUUGUAUCAUCGAUCGAUGCUUAGAACGGCUUGUUACAAGCCCGUAACCGUAAAUAAAAAAUGUCACUGAUAGACGCCAAUGCAACACAAAAUGCUAUUUGCUCUGUUUUAUUCCAUUCUAUUUUAACCAACCUGCAUCAAACAUAUUGAAAAGCAUGGCCGUAACGCCUGUGUAAAGUGUGGUAUCGGAAUAAUGUAAUCCACUCGUCUAUGCAACGACUGCUAUCUUAAUUUAAAAAUCUAUAUUUGUACGGACUGGAGUUUACAAAAACUAAAUUUAUCAGCCCAAACGCGAUUCAACAACACUAGCAGUGUUGCAUACUCGAUGGACGGUGACCAUUGAAUUGCAGUGUAAUCGAAAUGAGUACAGGUGCAGUAUUACGCUGCCAAUUUAAAAAGAUCAUUAACAUUGCGGUUCGAGUAUAACGUUCGUCGUUUUUAAAUGGCAGAGUAACCGCACGGGACCGACGCGCUAUAGCUUCAAAUCUCUGAGGGUUGUGGGAGGGUUCGCCUCAUUAUUUUUCCCCUAUUUUGUGUAAAUAGUUACCUAAUUUGGUUCUGUAUUAAUAUAAGUGUACGUACGUAUAGUAUGCACGUCCCUAAAUGUAAUGAGUAUAAUUUAAGCCUGUGAUAUAUAAGAAACAUGUUUAGAAAGUAAUUUUAAAUGGUCGGGAAGUGGAGUAAAUCGCUGUUGUCCUAUAAUUUUCUCAUCGUCAUAAAUAUGUUUCAGGGUAAUUGUUUUACUAAUAUAACGUUUUGAUGUAACUGUUUUACGUAUUUGUACCUAUUUCAUUUAUAUAUCAAAAUUAUUUAAAUACAGGUUAGCCAACUUCAAGUUACAAUAUUAGUGUAAUUUAUUCCACAGUAUAGCUUAAACAUAUUAUAUUAUAUCGAACUCUAGCAGCAAUAAUUCAAAUACUUAAUGUCAACAAAGUCUUUUCUGAUAUUUAUGGAUCAAAGAUUAAUAUUAGAGAUAAUUUAAUAUGACGUAGACGGUGUUUUAAGAAUUUAUCUCUGCAUAUUUUUGUACAAAACUCGAUCCUAAUGUCAGUGAUGAGUGGGUAAAUGUUACGUUGGAAAGAGUGAAAUAGCAACAAGUGAACGAACAGCUAGGCAGCGUCCGGAAUGAUUUCACUUAUUUGGUGACAGUUCGUGAGUGACGACUAUAAUCACUAUCAAUAAUGGUCACAUUUCUAAAAAUUUGGUAAUGUCGCCGAAAAACUCCAAUAUUUUGCUUGAAGCGCAAAAAAUGGCCAUUUACUUAACAAAAUAUUAGCAAUGUCCCGGGUUGUCAAUAACUAAGGUUGAUUACGGUACUUAAAACUGUUUCAAAGUCAUCGCAAGACUUGAUGCCCACUCCGAUAUGGCCCCGGCCACACGCCAGCUAUCAUUCUCACUAGUACUGGGACUUUAGUCACCAUAUCAAACAUUUACUGUACCUACCUAAGAGCUUGUAUAUAUUUAACGAUCAUCUUAUCAUUGUUUUACAUAGGUAGCGGUGGAUUACAAAUUUACAAACGAAUUGCAUUUUAUAAAAUUAUAUCAUACAUAUUUUUUCUAGAGAUAUAUUGACGGAAUGCCACUAUUAAGGUUUUUUCAGCUGCCACAAUGCCAUAGCAAGUAGAAUACUAGUACCACUGCCAUUCGCUUCUAGUUUUACAUGACUCUCAUGCCCAUUCCUGUCGAGAUCUUUGCGUUGACAUGACAUGAAAUAGUAGGCAGAGAAGAGUACUGUAGCCAUAGUAGAAACAAAUUCUAAAUAGUAGACAUAGAUAUGUUGAAUAGAGAACUCAUGUUGAUUUCGCAUUUAUCUUAGGGCGUGCUGUUACAACCAUAUUUGAUGGAACAAUUGCGGUUAAAACGGCAUUUAUAAUCACGGCAGAGUAAAAUUAAAGUGUUAAUUGUCAGUAUUGCAAGAUCCAAAUAAACAACUCAAUUGUUUUGUUCAGUUUUUAAACACGUCCGAUAGACAUUUCAGCUAGUAAAUUGUUGAAACAGUCCGCCCUUCACAAUUUUAAACCAAGAGUAUUAUGUUAUAAUUCAUAUUUUAUGAUGCGACAAUGUUUGCCAACUAAGGCUAUUCGAUUUUCAAGCUUUUCAAAGCAGAAAUCAGUAACCGUUGUAGACUUAGACUCAUUAGGUGCUUCGACAUUUAAGGAUUAGUUUUGCAAAUACUUUAUGAUAUAUUUCGGACUUUUCUCAUAUCAUGUACAUACAUAAAUCGAAAUAGAUAUAAUGAAUCUUAAAAAUAUCUGAGCUUCGUCGUUUAUUAUAUUAGCUAAGAUUCGGUACUUAAGUAUUUUAGUGGUUAGGUACUCAAACUACGACGCCCCUGCGGGUUGUCUUGCGCAAUAAUUAUAACUAAUUACUAUUAUCUGUACUAAUCGAGUAGGUAGCUCUGUACAUUUCACAUGUUACUAUACUGUAUUAAGUUAAAUUUCAAAUGUAGCGUUAAGAUUUUAUAUAAUAAAUCUAUGAAAUGUAUCUCUCA